UUAACAUCCAAGGACUCUUUUGUUGGAUCACGGAUGAUGCGCUCACGUGGUAUAUGGGAACUUGAAGUAGACCAAUCUCGUUGUUGGCGUGAUUUUUUAUUGACAUCAGUUUUGAGCCGAGUAUCGGCCAACGAUAAAUGUUUCCAGGCAAGAUUAAGAUACACAGAGGUUUCUCAGACAGAUUAAUACACUUAAUAGAGAUGUUAUCAAGAAACAUGGUAUGGAAAACGUCUUAUAAAAUGAACAGCAUUUAUAUCUUGUGAAUUCCAAUUCAAAAGUGCAGUUAACAUAAACUUUGUAUGCUUGGCGCCAUCGGCCUGGCCACUUUUUACCCGAUACCAAAAAUCCAUACCACAUUUCUUACCCGUUCCGAUUCUCGGACAAAAGAACUUGAACUUCUUCUCAACUCCAAUUGUGCCCAUCAUGUCUUUCCGCACCCUCAGAAUCGGCCUCAUCCCCGGUGAUGGUAUCGGCAAGGAGGUCAUCCCCGCCGGCCGCCGCAUUCUCGAAGCUCUUCCCGCAUCUCUCGGCCUCAAGUUCGACUUCGUCGACCUCAAGGCUGGCUUCGAGACCUUUGAGCAGACCGGCGCUGCGCUCCCCGACAAGACUGUCGAGGUUCUAAGAAACGAGUGUGAUGGUGCGCUUUUUGGAGCUGUGAGCUCGCCUACACAGGCUGUCAAGGGUUACUCAUCGCCCAUUGUCGCUCUGCGAAAGAAGCUCGACCUCUACGCCAACGUCCGUCCCGUCAAGACUGUCAUGACCGCUGCUAAGCCUAUCGACAUGGUUAUUGUCCGUGAGAACACUGAGGAUCUGUACGUCAAGCAGGAGCAGACCCAUGAGACCCCCGAGGGUAAGGUGGCCGAGGCUAUUAAGCGCAUUUCCGAGAAGGCUUCGUUCCGCAUUGCUACCAUGGCUGGUGACAUUGCUCUGCGUCGUCAGAAGAUCCGUGAUGCUGGUGCCUCUAGCAUUCACAAGUCUCCCCUUGUCACCAUCACCCACAAGUCCAACGUCCUGUCCCAGACCGACGGUCUCUUCCGCGCUACCUGCAAGAAGGCCCUUGCCGAUCCCAAGUUCUCAUCUGUUGCCGUUGAGGAGCAGAUUGUCGACUCUAUGGUUUACAAGCUCUUCCGUCAGCCCGAGGACUACGACGUCAUUGUCGCUCCUAACCUAUACGGUGACAUUCUCUCCGACGGCGCUGCUGCUCUUGUCGGCAGCUUGGGUCUCGUCCCCAGUGCCAAUGUUGGUGCAAACUUCGCCAUUGGUGAGCCUUGCCACGGCAGUGCUCCCGAUAUUCAGGGCCAGAACAUCGCCAACCCCAUUGCUACCCUCCGAUCCACUGCCCUGAUGCUUGAGUUCCUCAACGAGGAGGAGGCUGCUGCUAAGAUCUACGCUGCUGUUGAUGGUAACCUGGAGGAGGGCAAGCUCCUGAGCCCCGACUUGGGUGGUAAGGCCACUACCGAGGAGGUUGUCGCUGACAUUCUCCGACGAAUGUAAAAUAUAUGAAAUAUCAAAAUUCGGUAGCUAGAUCAGAUAUCUCAUGAUGCAUGAACAUGUAACGAUGCAGGUAGUCUUUGGAUACAGCUUGGAAAUGCACGCCAAGACUCGUUUGUUUUAAAUACAUGGAGAGGAUUGUAUAUGGUAUGACAUUUUCCAUCCAUCUUUUCUAAAUACCUCCGUCAGAAGAGGUGCCCCUAUCCAGCUUCUACAGUUCAUUUGUGUAUCGUUGACUUCCAAGCCUGUACCAAGGAGUCAUUUCGUAUGGCGUUAUAUUACAAGGUCGUGCACCCAUUCGUGUGUGUUAUACAAUAGCAUAGACAACAUUGUCUACGCUUAGACCAUCAUAUUACUGAUGUGCUGGGCCACGAUACAUCUUCAGC